UUCGCGGCAAAAAAGAUUUCGCGCGAAAAGCGGAUCUGGAUCAGCUGGGUUGACAACAACAGUCAUCACAACAACAACAAGGCACGACAAGAGGCCAGCGACCCGCCGGGAGCUUUCCGUGGACUAGCGGAUGCACAUUUGACGGAUCGCUAACUUUCGGGACGCUUUAUCUCUCUCUUUAUUUUAUUUUACUAUUAUUUUUUUUUUAAAAACUGUAUUUUAGUUGGACAGCUUCCCGCGUUCCCCAACAAACCGAGAGGAGGCUGGGGCUAAUAACUCCGCUAGCAUGCUAAUAUGUCUUUUACUGUAUGUUCUCAUAUAGGACGUCAUUUCUCAAUGUCCCACUCAACGUACACUUACUCAAAAUCCGCCUGACAUAACGGAUGGCUUUAUUUUGGAUUUUUUGGGGGCGAAGGUGAAGUGGAAUUAUCUCGUCAGUGUCGCACUGCGUUGUCGUUCUCGAGGGCUACUCCAAAGGUGCUGCAAAGUUACGACACCUCGUCGUUUUCAUAUCGCUGCCGUUUGAAAGACGUAAAGGGCGAUUUCCUGGUGGCUUUUGUGCACUUUAUUUUUCCUUAUUAUUCCUCCCCCCCCCCCCCCCAACACACACACACACACACACACACAGCCCCCCUCUCCCCGUGUCGGUCGUGCCCGUUGCUUGUUGACGGGGCCUGGCGGUCUCGUGCUGACAACCGCAGUGCAAAACAAAAGGUUAGCAUGCUAGCUCGCGAUCCAUCUGCUCGCUUGACGGCCUCGGCCUCUCUGUUGGGCUGUUGAUACCAUUCUAUCCCAGAUACACAUCCCGUCCUGUUGUUUCACUCGAAGCGGGGUCCAAGUAGGAUUAGCGUUUUUGUUGUGACGUACACUCAUGAGGAACUUCUCCCAAAAGUGUUCACAAGUUGCUCAAGACCACUUGAAGGCAACCGAUCACGGAGUCUGAGGAGCUUUUGAAGUGGACAACUCGUUGAGUCAAGCUGCAUCCCGUUGUGACGUCGCCAAACUGUCCGAGAGACCUCUGCCAUGUCAGAGACCCUGAUAACAGGCCACACGUCAGAGGAUCUUUUGGCUGACUUUGAGACUUUGCUCAACUCUGGAGGUGUCGCUCUGGGUCAGGACCACCAGAUAGUCAUCAUCACCAGUCCCUGCGAUGAGGGGCUCCACCCGGACGCCGCACCCUCCAGCACGGGAGAAAUCUUGCUGUUCGCUACCCCGCAGGGUCCCGCUGAUGUGGCCUUCCAAGACAAGAGAAGGCCCACCCUGGGAAGACCUUCGGUUAAGCGGAAGUUGGACCUGGACAGCGACCAUCAGUAUGUUAGCACAGCCCGGCCGUCUUCAGGCCACGCGCCGCCCUCCACGCCUGCCCCUCCUAGAAUUCCUCGGACCAUGACGGAAAAGUCCCGCUAUGACACCUCCUUGAAUCUGACCACCAAACGCUUUCUGGACCUCCUGUCCCAGUCGGCCGACGGCGUGGUGGACCUGAACUGGGCCUCGCAAGUCCUUGAUGUCCAGAAGCGGCGCAUCUACGACAUUACCAACGUUCUGGAGGGGAUCCAGCUCAUUUCUAAAAAGUCCAAGAACCACAUCCAGUGGCUCGGGAACCGCGUCGACGGGGCGUCGGUCGCCCUCCAUCAGGAGCUGCGCAAGGAGGUGUGCGACCUCACCGCAGCGGAGGAGCAGCUGGACAAGCUCAUCUCCAAAUGCAAUCUGCAGCUCAGACUGCUCACCGAGGAGCCCAAGAGCAAGAGGUUGGGCUUCGUGCGCUGCCAGGACCUGAGGACCUCGUUUGAUACCCCGGACCAGUUAGUCAUGGUGAUCCGAGCCCCCCCGGAGACCCAGAUGCAAGUCUCGGACCCCAGCGAGGGUUACCAGGUGUCGCUAAAGAGCACGCGAGGUCCCAUCGACGUCUUCCUCUGCCCGGACGACAGCUCCGGAGUUUGCAGCCCCGUGACAGGAAGUAGUCCCACGAAAACCAGCGCCGACCCGCACGCGCGAGCCGGCCGUUGCACGCCCGGUAAAGACAGAAGCUCCUCAGCGGCUUUGGACGUGGCUUUGUCGUCCCCCGUGUCCACGUCGUCCACGGCGACGGCGGCGUCUCAGCCGGAAUCCUCGUCGCUGUUGUUAGGUGGCGGAACGGAAUCCCUGAUGGGCGCCGACCCGUUCUCAGGUCUGGCGGACAUGAGCGACUUCGACUUCGCCACGGACUUCCUCCACGGAGAGAGCCUCCCUCUCCCGUUGGACGGUUUCAUCAACUUGUCUCCGCCUCACAGUCCCGACUACCGCUUCGGCCUGGAGGGCGACUUCGGCGUCACGGAACUGUUCGACUGCGACUUCGGUGACCUGUCCCAAGUUUUGGGGGCGAGUUAGACGCGGGGCCGGGGUCGGCGUACACAACUUGUUGUUCUUGGGAAGCUCAGACGAGUAUAGUGGAUCCUCAGACGUUUCACCUUUUUGGAUUUGUUCAGAGUAGAAGGGGUUCACCAUCUUGAAACUUUGCAAUACAGGGCGAUAAUGUUUUAAGUAACAUUUCAGCAUAUUAAAAUGUCAUUGUCAUUGGCUACACUGCCUGUGUCAAAAAAAAAAAAAAAUCUUGAAAAACUUUAACUUGAAUCUCAAUAGAUUACCAUUCUACCCACUGGCCCCCACAAAAAGGACUUCUUUUCCUCCUAAAAUAACUUCUCGUAGUGUUAUCGAUAGAUAGUGUAAUAGUACAGUGGAACCUCGAUAAAACGAACCGUCAGGACUGAACAGUGUCUAAAAUAGUUUCCGUCUGUCACUUCAAAUGCCGUUGACAAAGUCUGUUAGUUGUGUAAUUGGCCGCUGUUGUUUACUGGCAGAGAACGGACGGGACUGACGUGUUUCCGGCUCACAGAUAUACAAUAUGACUAGAUCCGGUUCCAAAAGAUGUACCUACCUGGCGGCCAUGUUGAAUGUCGUGAUGGUUAUAUGUAUUAAUGUACAGUACAAAACAGUUUUGUACUGUACAUUAAUAGGGAUGCAUAAAAAAAUGUGCUUCAAUGCAACGGACCAUCUGCUAUAUCAGACCGCCCCCCCAUUAGUCCGUUAUAUCAAGGUUCCACUGUACAUAAAUGUUUGACUUCCAUUGUGACCCUAAUACCCCUUAAACCUUCCAUCUCCGAGGGGCCACUCUUCUAUUUUGGACUUUCAAGCGACAUGUGCGAUAUUGAGGUUCUGAAUUCAUUUUUACGAUUCGAAUUGAAAAUCACCCCGAAAUUGUACAGCACUUCCCGAUUGGAUUUUAGCGCGGAUGUAGCUAUACUUAAAUUAUUUAUGUAUUUGUAUAUAUAUCUAUAUCUGUAUUGUUUUUUGGGUUUUUUUGGCGGGGGGGGGGGGGGUUAAGUUGUAGGUAAUGUGUUGGAUGGCACGUGCAAGUGACUUGUGAGUUUGGAUGCGCAUGGGGCAUAGUAGAGCUCGCCUGGUCGUAUCUGGCUGGCGCCGUGGCUUGUGGCAAUCCCAGUUGGCAAAUCCCGGGAGAUGUUUGCGUACAAAACUGCCUCAAUCACUGGAAUCCCUUGAGAUGCGCGUUGAGAGCUGCAGGGGUGUUAACUGGUGUAUCCAUACAGUAUAUUGUAUUUUGGUGCUUUCCCCUGCCCCGGCUCAAUCUUCACAGUUUCAAGUAGAUUUAUUUCAUGGGAACAGUGCUGGUUCAAUUUAGCUGGUUUAGGGAUGGGAUGGAAUAGGUGGAUGGUCCCAGAAGGUUAGUUCACAAAGAACCCCCCCCCCCCCUCCCCACCCCCAAAGCAGGACUUGUCCUGUUGUUUCUAAGUGCACUUAAACAUGUCACUUCAUGUUGAUGCCUAAAAUCACUGACGUUGCAGCUUCCAGCGACAUCUUAUCUUGAACCCAGUGAUCAAUACUCAACGUGCUGGUUUCUAUACUGUACACUUAUCUGUGUGCAAGCUGAUAUAUUUUGUUAGAAGUCGACAGCAAUGUCAAAACAGUUUUUUGUUUUUUUUAACUCAGCCAUCGGUCGCCUUGAAAAAUGUUGCGCCUUUAUUGCUACCAAUUUUUGCAUCAAAACGCUUUUGUCAUUCCAAGUUAUGUUUGUGGUUUUUCUUCCUGAUCUUUGUUUUUUUUUUUUUUUUUUUUUUUGCAGGGGGCAAGGGGGUUCGUGUGUGAUGAAGAUGAGCUUUUUAUUGCAGUGUUGAAUUUUAUAUUUAUUGAAUCUGAUUUGAGAGAAGUGGUACAGGUCGAACUACCAGGAAGGGACUUUUCUAAUGAUCCAAGCAAAUGAUUCCCCGAGUAUUUUUGUACGUUAGCUAUAGCGUAUUUAAUUUUGUGAAUCUGCUCGUGAUGGCAAAAGUCUUCUCCAAUAUGUAAUUUUGACUUUCCCUGUCACUUGCAUCACUUUGUUAUUUUAUGUUAUAGAUAUGUUUUAUCAACAGCUGCAUUGCGCAUGUAAGAUGUUUCGGGUGCCUCUGAUUGUCCUUUUCAAAUCUAUAAAUGGAAGUUUUUUGUUUUUUUCUCCCCCCCCCCCCCCUCAUUAACAUUGCUCAAGUAUGCUGAAGAUUAUCAGCUCUCAACAAUGUGCAAUUGUGACUUUUUUUUAACCGGUCAAGAGCGACCAAGGUUUGAACCAAAUCAUUUAUUGUCGGUGGUUUUGUUCGGAACAUGUUCAAAUUUUGCAUUAAUAACAGCAGUGGGGGUACAGCCCCUGGAUCGUAUGAGUUGACAAUAUUGCGACAUAAUUUAUUGAUGUCGUGUUCAAUGUGCUAAAAAUGACUGAUUUUUAAAAAAGAACUGUUAUUCUGGCCCAAAUGAAAACAAAGCCGUUUUAUAAAGUUAUUUACACCGCAAUAAUUGUCUUGGCUCCAACCCUGGUUCAAAGUGGUUUGAAGGGAAUCCUUUUAAAUAUCCACUCAAAUGCCAAGUUCUUUUUUUUUUUUUUUUUUUUAAAUUGGAUUUUACUUGAGAAUUUGGGACACUUUCUACCUUUUUUCCAUUGACUAAUUGAUUAAAAUAAACAAUUUGGUCUAUGUCAUUUGUAACACUGAUAAUUCAAAUACACUCCUCUCCAAAAAGUAUUGGUGAGGCCAAGUCCUCUCUCUCGCGCCGUACACUUGAAUCAUUUGUGUUUGACAUGAACAGGUUAAUAUCAGAAGAGAUAAAUAAAUAACAACAAAUUCAUCUUUUGUUUCCAGCUACAGAAUUUGUAUCGU